CGGAACUUCGGAAGGAAGCUUUUACUACUUGCUUAUAACCGUACUAUUUGGGAUAUCCGCGACCCCUGUUUCGCUGCUUCGGUGUGCUUAUAGACAUGUUUGUCGUGCGCAGGAGCGAUACCCUACGCUCUAUCUGUUCGGGAACUCGCAGAGCAUUACGAGUUAGACAUUCGUCGACAUUUGCUGUCCGGAAACCACCCAAGCACGCACCGCGAGAGGCGCCAACGCCUUUGGUUUUUUGUUCAGCAUCACAUUGGGAUUUAGGAAAACGGAAUAAGUGGGUGUUCUGCUGCCCAACUCCAGAGUUCGCUUCGAUGCUCGCGGAGAAAGGUUACACCUGCAUUGAAGUCGAUUUCGGACCACCUGGUGAGGGCGAAAAGUCCUCGGGUUCACAGAAUCUCAUGGAUAGCUUGAGUGGAGGUAUGUUCGUUCUCCUUAUUCAACGAGUAUUACUACACAUCAUUCCCUUUCCACCUGUAAUCUUCGCGCGAGGCUUUGCUUCUCUCAUCACACAGACAUAUAUAUCGUCCCACCCAGCACAGGGAAUAUUUCUUAUUUCCCCUCCACUAUCAAACGCGACAUUGUUUCCUAGCGUUCUUCCCACUCCGCUAGGAGAGUUUGACUACGAACUCAAGUUCCCCGUCGCAGUUAUGGCCCGUCCAGCAGAAAUGGUUCAGCUAAGGAAGUAUAGUCGGUUGGGUCAGGAUGAAUUUGUCGAUUUAAUUGAACUUGACAACUUGGAAGGUCGCGAUGCUUUCCUGAGAAUAGAGCAAUGGUUAGACGAACUGGGAAUCUAGUAUCCUAGAUACAUCAUAUCUCUUUGUUCUCCUUCUUACUGUGGCCGUUGCACUUCAUUGCCUCUGAUCUGCUUUUAGACACAACCUGCGGAAGAGCCGGACACACGCG